AUGCAGAAGCAGGAGAUCAGAGAAGCUGUGGAGCUACCUCUCACACAUUUCAAUUUCUAUCGUCAGAUCGAUAUCUAUCCUCCACGAGGUACCUUGCUCUAUGGUCCUCCUGGAAUAAGUAAAACCACGUUAGUUAAGGCAGUUGCUCACCAUAUCUCAGCAUCAUUCUUCCGUAUGGCAGGAUCAGAGUUUUUACAAAAGUACCUAACUGCGACCCAACUGGAUGGUUUUGAUCAGGGUUCGAAUGUCAAGGCCAUUGUGGCUAUCAACCUUGCCGAUACACUUGAUCCUACUAUCCUUCGCCCCGAUCGCUUGGACUGUAAGAUUGAGUUCCCUACACAGAUCGUCAUCAGAAGUGAUUAA